CAAAGGCAGGUUCCUGCAAGCAAAUCAACAAUCACCCAUGAUCAUGGCAUCAUCUUACAUGGUAAUCUUUGCGCUUGCAGUUUUAGUUGAGUUGACUACUCGCACAACAACAGCUUUGCACAAAGUUAAGAUGGAUGGAGAAAAUACAGACCAAGACAGAGCGGUGUCGACAGAAGGAGAUGAUGACUUAAGUGAAAUGGGACCCGGGCGGCUCAUCUUCAGGAGACAGGCGGACGAAGAUGGGACAAACCGCAUCUUCAUACUUGCUGACACAGGAAUAAAAGGGUCUCUUGGGAGGGAAACAAACCUUGCCUUUUCAAAAACCUUCCCUGUGAUGCCGCCAAGUGGGAUGGAUCAUGCUCUGGAUGGAUUCAACACGAGGGAUGAGAGACGUAGCACAGAUAAUGCCAUUCCCAUGGGCAGAAGCGACAGUAAGCACUGCAAAGUUUCUCAUCUUCUUCAGCAAUAUUUUUACAUAGCCAUGAAAGGAGUCUGAUAUGCUUGAGGAAACAUAUUGAGAAGAAACCUUAUUGGAAAACAAUAAUCCCUAUCUUUCUGAAAAACAAAACAGAUUACCAGAAAUAGAGCCAGACUAAGAUGGUUUGCUGGUCUUACAUUGUUCAAGCUUGUCUCCCAACUGAAGAGUGUCCAAAGCUCCUCUACAACUGGCAAAUCAGACCAGCAAAGCAGCUUCGGUUGAUUUAAUCUUUGUUUCAGCAGGGAAUAUACCAGUGAAUAAACAAGUAGCCUUCCAGUUACAUUUAAUGCUAAAUUUAUUUGCUCUUCCUGUUCUUUUCACAGUACUGAGGUGCAUGAUAGGGAGAGUAUACAGGCCCUGCUGGCAAGCUUGAAA